AUGACCAGCCUUAAUGACAAGUUUGAUACAUUGCAAAAGGAGCUCAAGGAAACUUCAGCAAAAACAGAGAAGGGGGCUCCAUCUGCCUUGGACAAUCUGAUCGCUGCAGUGUGCUCCCUGGUCCCUUCUGCCAGUGUCCGUAAUUACUAUCAGAUGGGGGAACCAUCAGUGAAGAUGGAAGCUAACUUCUCUGAGGAGGAAGGAUCUCCUCUGGAGGGAGGGCAGAGCUCUCGGGCCCAGGAGCUUGCCCAAGAUGCCCUCUCAGGUGGCAGUGGACCGGUGGUGUCCAGCCAUCGUCUUGGCAGAGGUGUGGAAAUGGCCGCAGCUCCUCCAGUCCAGGUGGCCGUGUAUUUCACCGAGGCGGAGUGGGCAUUACUGGAUCCGGGCCAAAGAGCUCUCUACAGGGAAGUCAUGCUGGAGAACUACGGGAGUGUGGCAUUUCUGGAUGAAGUCAAGAAUGAAGACUUGAGAGGAAACUUCAGGAACCAAAGCAGACCCAUGAGGCAGAACGAAACCCAUAAAGUUGACAAGAGGGAUGAACCCAUUCCUUGCCAAAGGGGGGAUUUCGGUGAAGCAAUUCACAUGGUGGAGGAAACAUACAAGUGCUUGGAGUGUGGAAUAACCUUCUCAGACCUCACCCAAUAUAGUAUCCAUUUGCAAAUGCAGAGUGGAAAGAAGACCCAUCAAUGUUUGGAAUGUGAAAAGAGCUUCCUUUGCAGUGCUGAGCUCCUUAAACAUCAACAGACACAUACAGGAGAAAAACAUUAUAGUUGCUCGGAUUGUGUUGAGAAUUUCUCACAGAAAUUGGACCUUAUUAAACACCAAAGCAUUCACUCAGGAGAGAAGUCAUUUAUCUGCUCAGAGAGUGGAAUGACAUUCUCUGAUGGAAGACAGUGCAUGAAGCUCUGCGUUGUCCCUGGGCAAGUCCGGGCAAGUCCGGACUUGUCAGGCUUGAUACACUACACCAUCUCUGUGGAAGCAGAUUCAGAGCAGCAAGAUUCAAGUCCAGCAAGGGGGGGACCAUCAGUGAAGAUGGAAGCUAACUUCUCUGAGGAGGAAGGAUCUCCUCUGGAGGAAGGGCAGAGCUCUCAGGCCCAGGAGCUUGCCCAAGAUGCCCUCUCAGAUGGCAGCGGACAGGUGGUGUUCCGCCAUCAUCUUGGCAGAGGUGUGGAAACAGCUGCUGCGCCUCCAGUCCAGGGUCCCUUUUCCUUUGAGGAGUUGGCUGUCUAUUUCACCGACGAUGAUCAGAGGAAUGAGGAGGAUAAGGAACUGCAUCAUCUGUCCCCAGAUGAAGUCAAGAAUGAAGACUUGAGAGGAAACUUCAGGAAUCAAAGCAGACCCAUGAGGCAGAACGAAAGUCAUAAAGUUGACAAGAGGGAUGAACCUAUUCCUUGCCAAGGGGGGGAUUUCGGUGAAGUAAUUCACAUCGUGGAGGAAACAUACAAGUGCUUGGAGUGUGGAAUGACCUUCUCAGACCACACCCAAUAUAGUAUCCAUCUGCAAAGGCAGAGUGGAAAGAAGACCCAUCAAUGUUUGGAAUGCAGUGCAGAGCUCCUUAAACAUCAACAGACACAUACAGGAGAAAAACAUUAUAGUUGCUCAGAUUGUGCAAUCUUCAGCGUCAUCAAGAAUCACACAGAGGUGCAAAACCUCUUGAACGUUCAGAGUGUGGAAAGGGAUUCAGUCAGAGUGGCCAUCGAAGUUGUGCACCAGCAUCAAAGAACCCAAAUAGUGGAGAAACUUUUUGAAUGCUCAGCAGAUGGAAAAAUAUUCAGUCGAGUGGCCCUCUUCAGAAGCAUUUAA